UGCACGGAGAACGAUUUCUCCUUAGCGACAGAUUUGUGUUACAAAUCGUGUGGUUUAAGGACGAUGUCAUGGUUCAGACACUCGUGAAGGAAACAUGGACUUUUGUUUUCUACGGGGUCUCCUUUUCGUCGCCCUGACAGCGGGGACGUUAGCAGACGAUGGACAGGUGACGUUUGUCUCGGAGCUCUCGUCCAAACCUGCUCAGAAGCUGUCCAAGUAUGGUUGGUAUGGCAACGUGAGGCUGCAGAGGUUUCACAUACCAGAGGAGACAGCCAUCGCUCGCUGGCUGUUCUCUGUCACCAAGGGCCACACCUUCAACUGUGGACAGCACAAUGUCACCAUCCAUAUUCAGUACGGGGCCCCUCCAGUUAUAAACCCGACGAGCUCGGUGUUUCCCAAUGAAACUCUAUGGAGCCCCUGUCUGUCUCUGAUCCUUCCGGUGACCUCACAGAGCUCCACGACCUUUAACCUCUCCGAUCCUGCCCCCGGUGUUUGGUACGUUGGUGCCCACUUGCCUGAAGAUGAUGGCCGCAUAGAGCAGAAGGGCUUUCCGUCUUGCUCAUACUUCUUCCAGCCGCAGCUAUCAAUCAGGAGAGCGGUGGACACGCCCACUUUACAGCAGGGCACAUUCCUCCAGCAGACCGCAGCUCCUGACAGACCUGCCCGCCUUAAGUUGUAUGUUCCAGAGUUUGCCUCCUCUCUCUCCAUCUCUGUGGCUGACUGUUCGUCAGAGGACGGAGCCGACGGAAACUGUUCACUAGUCCUCAGGCUCGGCUCUACUUCUCUGCAGCACCGCCCAGUAACAGUGAACUGCUCAGGGAUUAGCUGCUCUGCAGCUCUUUCUAACCCACCUUGGGAUAUGUGGUUACGAGUUGUUGUGGAGAGCAGCCAAGACAACAGUACUGUGACCUUUAGCAUCGUCUCAAACUACACAGUGGGGUGCAAGCCAAAAAGUGUAGGCCUUAAUGUAGAUGAUGACAUCAACAAGCUCCGUGGCAACAGCAGCUAUACCAACUCAACAUCAGCAGACAACAACUCCACUAUUCCAGACGCAGUCACCUUAAGCAACGAUUCAGCAACCCCGUUGUCGUGUGUGUGGAGCAUCCCUGUGCUCUACGAGGAGGUGGAUGUUCUGUCGCUACGAUUCACUCCUGCCACUGGACCCAACAUCAGCGUCACAGAUACACACCCCACACUGCUCACUUACCCCCUGCACACACUUGCCACCGGUGGUACACUGAACCUACAGCUCACACUUAACGCUACUAAUGCAACCCUGGGAAACAGCAGCAGCAGUGUGGUGGCCUGUCUCUCUCCGUGGGCUCCAGUCCUCGAACUCAACCACUCCCAACCCUGUCGCACAGCUUUGUUUGGAGGGUACAGUGUUCGUGUGAAUGCCAGUGAUCCCAAAGCUGUGGUCCGGCUGCCUUUUCCUCAGUCAACAACAUGGUACCUCACCCUGCAGCUUGUAUGCAACAGCAGUGAUUGUGUUAAUACAUCAUUGGUGUCUGUGGUCCCAGAGGUGUUCAUCAGUGCCUGUGUAGAGGACUGUGGGACAUACGGUGAAUGUAGACUACUGAGAUCCUAUAGCUACCUGUACGCUGCCUGCGUCUGCAAGGCUGGCUGGAGCGGUUGGGGCUGCACUGAUGAUUCGACAGCUCAGUCGUACCGUCGCCAGUUGACGGCAACUCUGCUGCUCACGCUCAGUAACCUGUCCUUCUUGCCUGCCAUCGUGGUGGCCAUCAAACGCUGCUACAUCACUGAGGCCUCCGUCUACCUCUUCACAAUGUUCUUCUCCACGUUUUACCACGCAUGUGACCAGCCAGGUGUAGCAGUAAUGUGCAUAAUGGACUACGAUACCCUACAAUAUUGUGACUUCCUGGGGUCAGUCUGUGCCAUCUGGGUCACCAUCCUGUGCAUGGCUCGCAUAAAGGACACAUUCAAAUAUACUCUGUUUAUGCUCGGGGCUCUGCUUAUAGCCAUGUCGAUGCAGCUGGACCGCAAAGGCCUGUGGAACCUGUUGGGUCCCGUCCUCUGUGCCAUACUGUGCAUGGUCACUGCCUGGGUGUACCGGGGAGUGCAGCGACGUCAUUGCUACCCGCCUUCAUGGAAACGCUGGGUCCUCUUCCUGAUCCCCGGGGCAACCUGUGCCCUCGUCGGGGUAUUUUUGUACAUUUUCACUGAGACCGAGGACAACUACUACUACACACACUCGAUGUGGCACAUCCUGGUGGCCAGCUGUGUGGUGUUCCUGCUGCCGCCUAAGGAGAAGAACAGGGAGGCGUCGGGCUGGAGCAGGGGCUGGAGCUGGAGCUGGAGCUGGAGCUGGAGACCCCGGGUAUGUGGGUACACGCUCUGUCAGAGCGACAAGGAUGAACUCUACACUGUCACAUAGUAGGACAGGAGACUCUGUAAGGAAGCAAAGUGACUACGCUUUGAUUGUUAAACAGCACGGAAAACAUUCACAUAAGGUAAAAAGAUAAUGUGUUGACAAAAUCUUACAAAAUAAUUUAAGACUCUGACUCUUCAAAGUUUCUUUAUAUCUUAAAUCAAACAUUAAAUUUAGACCUAUAUUCUCAUAGGUCUACCAUUUUUAUGUUCAA